AGCGGCGCACCUGCGUGAAGGCUGGAGACGGAAAAGCAGCUUUGUUUCUCCUGAAAUCAUGCUGAUCUGGGGUUUGAUCAGGGAUCGGCUGCUACAGGGAUCAUUUUGUUGAUCUGAAAGUUUAAAAAAAAAACAGGAUUAUAAGAGACUAUUUAGGGCGAACGAUGAUGAUGAUAUCAGGGCUGUUUUAUCACCAGCUGGCCUUUGUGAUUUUCUGCCUCUCCAGUGGGAAUGCAGGCGUCGCUCCUCGUUCUUCUCAGAUUUCCGAUCUCAAGUCCAAGCUAUCCGGGGUGGAGGAGCUGCUGGAGGAGUUCCGCAAGCAGCUGCAGCAGGAGGAUGACUCUGAUCACCAGAGCGCAGAGGACGCCGGCGAUGCGUGUCGUGUGAGCGAUUUCGACGCGGCCGAGGAGCGCAUCAUCCGCGCCAUGGCCUCCAUUGAGCGCGGCGCCACCUUCCUGUCGGCCCCGGGCCGCGUGUACAGCCGCCGGGACUGCGUGCGCGCCUGCUGUGCCGAGCCUCGCUGCACUACGUCCAUCGUUCAGGAGCAGCCGCUGCCGGACAGCGACGGUGCGGGUCUGCGCUGCUACCUGUUCAACUGCACGUACGGCGGCGCGAGCGUGUGCGCCUUUUCCUUUCAGCGGGGCUUCAGCACCUUCAGCCGGCUCGCGCGCAACGUCAGCGUGUCCAGAGAGCGUCACCGGAGGCCUUUGGAGGACGAAGAUGAAGAUGGUGACUCGUCGAUGCGAGAGCUGGACGAACCUCCACGCAGUGAUGCUGGAAUGGACGUGGUGAUCCAACUGCCUACAGACUGGGCCAUACUGGAUGGCAGGGACAGCAUGGAUGACCACGGUGUUGUGCGUUACGAAUGGGCUCUCGUUAAAGGAGAUCCGUCUAUCAGUAUGAAGGUUACCCACCCAGGUCUGCUGAAGCUGAGCGGGCUCAGAGAGGGCGUCUAUACUUUCCAGAUGACGGUCACUGAUACGAUAGGACAGAAGAGUUCUGAUAACGUCUCUGUCACCGUGUUGGCGCCUGAACGUCAUGCAGAAGUAUGUACUCAUCAUUGCUCGCCGUACCAGUUCAUGUGUGAUGACGGCUGCUGUAUCGACAUCAGCUACGCCUGUGAUGGCAAACAGCACUGUCCUGAUCGCUCAGACGAAGACUUCUGCAGCAACUUUGACGGAGGCCGCAAGACGGUGACUCACACAGCCAGCGCUCUGUCUCCAAACGGAGGAGCCAGAGAAGCAGACGGCCGUGCCAUGAUCCCUUCAGGAGCACGCAAUACCGAAACCCUCGUUGAGCCCAAACAACAAAAACAGCCUACAGGUGGCCAAGAUCCCUGCAUGAUGCCCCCUGUGGUUGGUCCAUGUAAAGGCGUUUUCGCACGUUGGUACUAUGACCCCACAGCCGGAGAGUGUAAACACUUCCUGUACAGUGGCUGCAAAGGAAACCACAACAACUUCCUGCAGCAGGCCGACUGUGCAAAUGAGUGUAUCCAGAAACCUGCUCCAGGUGAUCAGCAAGCUGCUGCAGCGCCUCCUCCCACCACACGCACAAACACAGUUGCCAGAUUACCCAGUGCCGAAGCCAAAUCCAAGAAUUCUGCAUCAUUUUCCCAGAAUGCUCAACCAGUAACUAAGGCUCAUACAGAAUUGAUUGGACACGCGCCGCCAGAGUCAGGUGCAAUCCUGGCUCUGAUUCUCGGGGUGAUUAUUAGUGCUGUGCUCUUGCUGAUGGUGGGCUGCAGAUUGCGUGUGCGACGUCACAGGAGGAAGAAAGCUCUGCCGCUCACCACCGAGGAAUCUGAUUACCUCAUCAACGGCAUGUACCUGUAGUCCAGCACACACACACACACACACACAAAGGAAGCAGAGUAUGCUUACAGGAUGUGCAGAUUUGGAAGGGAAAACCAUGGAUAUAAUUAAAAUGUAGAAUAUAAUAAUAUAGAAUAUCAGCUGCUACAUCGAGUCUGAACACAUCUAAACCUUCUGGUAUGAAGCAGUUCCACUUGUUUUGAUAUUCAGUGUCUUAGAGUCAUAGCAGGAAGGCCUUCAAAGGAAAAAGUCACCAGGAUGUCAUUAAAUUCAACUAAAAAUAAAAUAAAUACUGGAAAAACCUGCACCUAACCUGUCAAGAACAAGAGUCUGAACCUGGACGUUCGAAGACCAGGUGAUGUUUUUCUUUUCCAGUAUAGUUUCGUGAGGUUGUGCCUCAUGUAACCUCAGAUUCCUGCUCUUGGAACCUGAUGUGGUUUUCUGCUGUGGUAAACCAUCUGCCUCACAGUUUGACAUAUUACGAUGCUUUUCUGCUCACCAAGGUUGUAAAAAGAGUGGUUAUUUGAGUUACCAAAGCUUUCAUAUCAACUCGAAGCAGUCUGGACAUUCUCCUCUGAUCUCUCUCAUCAACAAGGUGUUUCCACUGGCAGAACUGCUGCUGUUUUUUGUUUUGCGCGCCAUUCUGUGUAGAAACCUGUUGUGUGUGAAAAUCGCAUGAGAUCAGCAGAUUUGGUUUGAGUGGCUGAUAUCCUUUCCUAGUGUAUUUUGAAGACAUAGAUUUAAAAAAAAAAAGGAGAAACAGGAGUCCGGCAUUUCCAAAUUUAAAUAAUGAAUUGUGCAUUAAAAUGAAAAUUCUUGAACAAACUUUGAAAUUAAGGACACAUUGGAAUGAAAUCUACGACCAAAACCUAAAAACAAGUCCUGUAUUAUUAUUAUUGCAUAGUAUUUAAAUACAACCCCAAUUCCAUAAA